AUGGAUACAGCAAUAUUGCCUCCUGACGGCGGCUUGACAGCCUGGACACAGGCCUUGAUGGGCCAUUUCGUCUGCUUUAACACCUGGGGUUACAUAUCCAGCUUUGGCGUCUUUGAAACUCACUACAGUUCCACCCUGUCCCUCUCGUCCUCGGCCAUAUCCUGGAUCGGCUCCAUCCAAACGUUCCUCAUCUUCUUCGUUGGUGUCUUUUCAGGCCGAGCUCUAGAUGCUGGAUUCUUUCGUCUAGUCUUUUUUCUUGGUGCCGUACUUCAACUUCUGGGAGUGUUUAUGACGAGCUUGGCGACGAGUUAUUGGCAGUUGAUCUUGGCCCAGGGGGUUUGCACGGGGGUCGGGAGUGGAAUGAUGUUUUGUCCUAGUAUGGGCCUUGUUGCUACGUACUUUUCGGAACAUCGUGUUUUCGUUCUUGCCUUCUGUCUGCUUGGUAGCGGGACAGGAGGUAUGAUAUUUCCAGCCAUUGUUCGUCAAUCGCUACCUGUACUUGGUUUCGGGUGGACUGUGAGAGUUGUUGGGUUCGUUAUGCUUGCUCUCACAGUUCCUGCCAUGAUUUUGUUCCGGGUACGAGUGCCGCCAAGGACUUCGGGCGCGUUGAUAGAGUGGUCUGCAUUCAAGGAGCCGGCGUAUUCUUUGUUUUGUCUUGGGAUGUUCUUGAACUUUUGGGCCUUGUAUUUUGGGUUCUUCUAUAUUGGUACGUUUGGCCGUCAGGUUAUCGGUUUGUCUUAUGAAGACUCAGUCGAUCUCAUCAUCAUCAACAACGGAGUUGGGAUUGUCGGCCGUCUCGUCCCCGCGUAUCUUGCAAACCGAAGCUUUGGACCGUUGAACACAAUCAUUCCUCUCACUCUAGCAACCAGUACAAUAAGCUACAGCUGGAUUGCUGUAAAAAGUACGACAGGGGUGUACGUUUUCAUCAUCUUAUACGGUAUCUUCUCCAACGGUAUUCAGGGAUUGUGGCCUUCAACUCUAUCAAGUCUGACAACAGACAUCUCAAAGACAGGGGUGAGGAUGGGCAUGGGGUUCACUGUGGUCAGCUUUGCGUGCUUGACGGGGCCCCCGCUUGGUGGAGCGCUCGUUGGGAUCGGUCAGGGAUAUCUUCCAGCUCAGGUCUGGGCGGGGACAUGCUUUUUGUGUGGUGGGUUAUCUCUGUUCUUGGCUCGUAUCUCCAAGACUGGUCUUUGCGUUGGCCAGAAGGUGUGA